ACCUUGGCGGCCCUCGGUGCAUGUGAGCCAAGACAAGUCCAGCACCAUGACGCCGUGACCGCCGCCCAAUUCUCACUAGGCUUCUAUCGCUCAUGGCGAGCAGCAUCAACGGAUUAGACAACACUGCUAAACACCGCGUGAUUCCCUAGCCAGGACUCUCUACGUCUUGGUCGGCCGAGACCACCCGGCGAGGCGGCGACAUGGACGAGGACGGCAGCCAGGACACACUCGAUCGGGCCGGAGUGCCUCGCCAGGGAUGGAGGCAAAACGGUCGAGUGACGAUUGCUUGCACCGCCUGCCGCAGUCAGCAUCUUCGCUGCGACGCCGCUCAGCCAGUGUGCUCCCGAUGCCGCGCACUUGCCAAGCGUUGCAUGUACACCAACGUGCGACGGAGUCGCCGGAAGGCUCCAAAGGUCUUGGAGAGUUCGGCGCCGGAGCCCCAAGACCAGCAUGAGGACGGUUACGAUGCCAUACCCACGACCGACUUAGCCGGUGUCUCUGCCAUGACGCAGCAGGGACCAUCGAUGAACCGGCGACCAGAUGCUUCCUCACAGCCUUUCACCCCCAACGUCUCCGUCGAGGUCAGCUCCGCUAUUGAUGCAUUCUAUUCCCGCUUCUUCCCCGGCCAUCCGUUUGUACUUCCAAAGAUUCCCUUCAUUUCUCAGCUGCAACGGGACCCCGCCUCGGUUGCGGACUUGCUGUCAGUCAUGGCCCUGAUUGGGUCCCUGUAUCUCCGCGAUGGGCGAUCGCAAGCGUACAGACGAGGCACUGAGCAGUCACUGCAGCGGCAACUACCACGGGGGGGAUUCUCUGUGCAGGCCCUCAUGCUCUUUGCCCUGGUACUGGAGUGGAGCGGCGACAACGAGCGGGCGGAAGCAACCUUGGGGCUGGCCAAAUCGAUGGCCCUGGCGAUUCACAUGAACCGGAAGGCCUUUUCAAUACGACACGGUCAAGGUAACCCAGUCGUGGAGGAAUGUUGGCGACGGACUUGGUGGGACCUCUAUGUCAUUGAUGCUCUAUUUGCUGGCAUUCGUCACCAGCCCACCUUUGAUCUCUGGAGCGUCGACGCGGACGUGAACCUGCCUGGGGAAGAAGCAGACUACAUUGACGGGAAUAUCGCGUGCCCGCGCACGCUUUUGGAUUACGAAGACCGAGGUUUCGACGAGGUAGACGUUCCGUUCUCCUCCUUUACGUACCUCAUCGACGCGGCUCGCAUCUUGGGGACCACGCUAGCGGCCGGAGACGUCAUGGGAGGAUCUCCGGUAGCCCUGGUCAAGAACGCCGAGGCGAAUAUCAUGAGCUGGGACCUGCACCUACCGCAGAGCAAGAGGGAUCCCGUCCGCCCCAACGGGUCCGUCGACGAGGUGCUCUUUCGGGCGCACAUGGUGAUUAAUACUGUGGCGACUCACCUACACAGGCCGAGGUCGCUCCUCCACUACAGCACGAUGGAAUUGCUAUGCUCCAAGUACGCGCCGCCUCUACCGGCAGAAGUUUUGGCGCCGGAAGAGAAGCACCACGACAAGCACACGCACAAGGCCAUCCGUGCAGCUAUUGCUUUCAUCGACCUCCUGACGGUGCCCGCAACCCCAACGUCGCAUAGCCCCUUCGUCAUGUGCAUGGGCUCCAUGGCGAUGGCGACACACAUGUCCGCGUGCGAGCUCCUCCUCCGUGACGACGACUUUGCCCAUGCGCGAGACCGUGUGCGCGUGUUUCUCGGUAUCCUGCGGGCGUUUGAAGGGGUGUGGCCACAAGCAUGCAAGUGGUCCGGUGAGAUGAGGCUCAUGGCUAAGGCGGUGUUUGCGAACCGUGAUAGGGCCGGAAACCUCAUUACAGACCCGCUGGGAGCAUUGACGCAGAGCCUGGGCGAUGGGGUCUCGCACACGGACAAUACGGGCUCUGGAGGCUCUGUGGAUGACUUGGACAUGCUGCUCACCGAUGCAGGCUUUGGCGAGAUUAUCAUCUGAACCAUUCGAUGACCUUUUGCUUCGAAUAAAUAAGCGUCCAACAUUACGACACAAAAGUUAUCACCACUUUGCCAGAUCUACCUCGUUGCCGUCCAAACUCCCACGCUUCGACAGCCUUGUCGAUGGGAAACUCCGUCACCUUGAGCGGCUUGACGGAGCCUGUCUGUAACAGUUCCGCAACUUUGCCCAAAUUCUCGCCGGAAGCCGUGACGACAAAGUAUACCCAGUUUACAUGGGGCUUUGCCUCGCUGAGCUCUGGCUUCGCCUUGCCAGAAGCCCACGGGGGAGGUGGAUCCGCCACCGUGACCACGGCGCCGCCGUCCCUGACCGUCUUUGACGCCUUGGCGAGCGUUUCACCGCCUACCGUGUCAAACACAGCAUCGACGCUGUCGACUGCGUCUUCCCAGUCAGUAGCGUUGUAGUCGACGACUCUACUGGCGCCGAGCUCCUCGACGAACGAAUGGUUGCGCGAAGACGCCAGCGCAAUCACCUCUGCGCCCAGAAGCUGCUUUGCGAGCUGCACGAGCUGCACGCCGACAGCGCCCGACGCGCCCGUGACGAGCACCCUGGCGCCCUUUUCAAGUUUGGCAUGCUGGAAGAUGGCCUCCCACGCCGUCAGCGCGGGGAUGGGCAGCGCCGCCGCCUGGGCGUGCGAAAUGGCCGCGGGCUUCCUCGUGACUUCGGCCGGCGAGGCGACCGCGUACUCGGCUUGGCCCCCCUGGCUCGCGUCGGCGGCGAGCAUGGCGAAGACAUCGUCGCCAACGGCGAGUGGGCCGGCGUAGGAUGGGCCCAACGCGCUGACGACGCCCGAGAUGUCAUGGCCGGGGAUGCGGUUGCGCGUGUUGUAGACUUCGGGCCAGGAGACCUCGUCGGCUGUGACCCCAGCGGCGUGCACGCGGAUGAGGAUGUCGCUGCCGGUGGCCGUUGGCUGGGGCAUGUUGUCGUUGAGGACCACGGAUGGGGCGGACUUGUCGCCGAGGAUCUGAACGGCCUUCAUGCUGGGGCUGGGUUGGGGCAAAUGCUAUGCUAUUGUCUUUUUUUGGUCUUGUUGAGGGCUCGUGUUCAUUCGUCGUUGUCGUCGUCGUGGAUAAUGAUGGGCAGUUUCAUGCCAACCCUUGGAGCUGACGCAUCAGUCGACGACACACCCCGUUAAGUACUCCGUCACUUGUUGGGCAACCGCCAUCGAUGCGACAUGGCGUUCGGGUCAAACUCAAACUGCAUCGGGUCGCGGCCACCUAGCAGGCGUUACGAGAGGGGUACUCUUCUACUAUCCAGCAACCGCCUCGUCGUGUGCACUUCACGACUGGUACCAACUGACUCCUUCUCUGUCCAUUACAUGGAAUGGACAGCUUGGGCGUGACAUGGCUUCGGGUCAAGGUCAGCUUAUGCAGCGAGACGCGGGGAUGUCUCGCUGCCAAGAACCGGUGUCCGACCCGAAUACAGACAGCGACUUGGCAUCCGCCGUAUAUCUCGUGCCAUUGCAGGUAGCCUCAUGUACUCGGGCCGCUCGGGAAGGGCGGGGCGUCCCCUCCGACCCGGUGUGGGGCCGUGUCUCCCGCGCUUUCAUCAGGCGGUAGUGGGCCUGGGCCAAACGGGUAGCCGUCUCGGGUACCCGGCAAGCCGGCACCCAACAGAAAUAUCCUCACAUGUUGCCAGCACUGUCUAUGGAAGGGGAAAUCUGUCAAGGGGUCGGCAGUCGGUCGGCAUCUUCGUGGAGUACUUCCACGUCAUCUGACUUGGACUGAGUCGGACCAUGAAGUCAUGAAUGAUCCUAC